AAAUCAGUCCAACAGUGAAUUUUGGUGAAUUCAAAAUCCUUUUCUCCGAUGGCGCAGGUGCUAGGCAAAUGGGUUAAGCUGGCUCAGAUGGGAACUGGGCCUGGAGCUAGAAGCUCACACGCCAUCGCCGUUGUAGGACAGAAAGCCUAUGCUUUUGGCGGCGAGUUCAGCCCCCGCGUCCCGGUGGACAACAAGCUCCACGUCUUCGAGCUAGAAACCCUAACAUGGUCUGUCGCCAACGUAACUGGCGACAUCCCCCCUCCGCGCGUCGGGGUCUCGAUGGCAUCCAUCGGGGAAGUCGUCUACGUUUUCGGUGGCAGGGACAGUACCCAUUCGGAGCUCAACGAACUAUACUCCCUUGACACGCGGACGAACAAAUGGACCCUCCUUUCCAGCGGCGAUGCCAGCCCCCCUCAUCGGAGUUACCACUCCACGACCACCGAUGACCGACGCGUGUACAUAUUCGGUGGGUGCGGCGUCGCCGGAAGGCUCAACGAUUUAUGGGCCUAUGAUGUCAUUGACGGAAAGUGGAUUCAGUAUCCAAACCCAGGAGAAAACUGCAAGGGUAGGGGAGGGCCUGGCCUGGCCGUGGCCCGAGGAAAAAUAUGGGUCAUAUAUGGGUUCGCCGGAGUGGAAAUGGAUGAUGUGCAUUGCUUUGACCCGGUUCAUGGACUAUGGACCCAAAAGGAGACCCACGGGGAGAAACCUACGGCUCGGAGUGUAUUUUGCACCAUCGGCAUCGGAAAAUACAUAAUCAUAUACGGCGGGGAGGUGGACCCAAGUGACUUGGGCCACCUCGGUGCAGGGAAGUUUACCGGAGAGGUUUAUGGGCUAGACACGGAGACAUUAGAGUGGAAGAAGUGGGAGGAUGGGCCGGGGUCAGAUAAUCAUCCUGGGCCUAGGGGGUGGUGUGCAUUUGGCAAGGGUUGCAGGGGUGGGCAAGAGGGACUGCUGGUGUAUGGUGGCAACUCUCCUACCAAUGAUCGGCUUGAUGACAUUUCCUUCUUUACUCCUCUGUAUUGAUGGAAUUGAAAACCAAUGGUUGGUGUGUUAGGUUAUGAUGAAUAAUGUUAAAUAUUUAAAAAUGUGGGUUUCGGGUUUUGGGUUUUUUUUUUUUUUUUUGUUGCACAAUAAGAGAUAAUUAUAUUUCAUACCUUAUUCUGUCAUAUGAUUUGAACUCAAUAUAUCUUAUUUUCAGUAGAAAAAAAUGAUCACUGAACUAUUUAGCUCGUUGACGGUUUUUGGGUUUUAUGUGUUGUAUUAAAAGACAUGAUAAUAA